UUGGUUGAGCAUGAGUGGCGUUGGUUCUUUUUAUUGAUGUUGACGUCGUUGUCUUUGUUGUGCCCAACUAACUCUCCUCAAACUAGUUGACCGGCUAUGUUAGUUAUGAAGAGGCUCCCAGUCACUGCGUAACUUCAAUUCUGAACUAGCUAUCUUCUGCUUUUCUCCUCCUUUUUUCGUAUCUCACGAAAUGCGUGUAUAGUCAUGUUGCAGCUAGCUAGAUUAGCACGUGUUUCACUGACAGUCAAGCUGAGUCCCUGAUUAGUCGUUAUGCUGAUUUGCCAGCUUCCAGCGUUGCUGUGGAAUAUUGUUUGGCCUGGCAGAGCUACAGAAAAAAGCCACACUUUCUCACGCUGAUCAUCGCAACUUGCAAGUCACAGUAUUUUCGUGGCUUGGUUUACAUUUUUUCAUGAAGCCUACUCACGUUUGUGGAGGAUUCAACAGGAAGCUGGCUCGUAUAAAAAUGGGAGUUCGAAUUCAACAUGUCACAACCUUUCUGCUCUGUGCAGCUGUGUUGUAUCUCACGCUGUCCCUGGUUGCUGAGCGCCAGGAGAAACGUAGCCUUGAUGAACAGUUGGGUGCUGCGCAACUAAAGCUAACUCAGUUUGAAGAGUCAGUUAACCCGAUACGGGCUGGCCUAGUGCCUAAGCCUCGACCACACCGUCCUGAUAUUCCUGUCAUUGUUGCGAUAACGCCAACAUUCACACGACCGACCCAGAAAGCGGACCUUACACGGCUAUCCUUGACGCUGCGCCAUGUGCCAAAUUUUCACUGGAUUUUGGUAGAAGACUCUAUGACGAAAACGGCCAAAGUGACUCGAUUUUUGUCAACAUGUGGUCUUCACUAUACACACUUGAACACACGGACACCUGAGGACAUGCAGCUCGUCAGUCGUGAGCCUCGGUGGCACAAGCACCGCGGUGUGGAGCAGAGGAACUUAGGACUCUCCUACAUUUUGGAGCAUGCUGACGAAUUCUUACCCGAGUCUCAGAAUGCCAUCGUGUACUUCAUGGAUGAUGACAACACUUACAGCCUGGAGCUGUUUGAUGAUAUGCGCUUCAUCAAGAAGGUGGGUGUCUGGCCAGUUGGUCUUGUGGGAGGUUUGCUGUGGGAAGGCCCAGUCUGUAACUCAGAAGGUGUCAUCGGUUUCCACUCGUUGUGGAGGACGGACCGCUUCUUCCCAAUGGACAUGGCUGGGUUUGCUGUUAACUUGAGAACAUUACGGGAACAUAGCGAGGCUCGACUUGAUCCUUCCGUGCACUUUGGUUUCCUGGAAUCAACAUUUCUGAGCUUGUUACUGAGCAACCGGCGAGACCUUAUGGAGCCGAGAGCAGACCUUUGCCGAAAAAUACUGGUUUGGCAUACACGAACAGAGAAAGCCAACAUGAAGCGGGAAAAGGAGCUAAAUGCAAAGGGACAGCAGUCAGAUCCUGCCCUUGAUGUGUAACACGGAAUUUACUACCAACACCUUUGGGCCCCCAGCAGCUGGUCUGAACCCGCCCAUCUAGGGCCAGGGCACCCUAUAUGCUCCCAUCCCCUGUGUGUGAUCUAGACACGUUUAUGAAUUCUUCUAUCCCAGCCAUCUAAGGGCAGAGGUGCACUAAAGAGCCUUGAGUGUGCAUGCACUUCCUUACCAUCAUAUUUUCCAUCAUCUGAUGAUAUUUUAUUAUUUUAAUAUUUUUAACUUACACCAUACCAGCGUGUACAUGUGAGACUCCCUCUAUGCCUUUUUGCUAUAUUAGAUAUAUUUUAGGCUCUGUUGGAUUUUUGCCAUUUAGACAACAGAGAUAGCCUAGUUCGGUUGUUUAGGGUUUCUACUUCUGAUUUUUUUCAUCAAUUUCUCCACUAAAUUAUUUCGCAACAGUAUGGACGGGUGAACAUUCUAAACUCCACACUGCUCUCACUCACUCUUCAAAAAAAAUUAAUAAUGUUCUCCUGAA